AUGCAGUCCGACAGCACAGAAUUUUCCCCCCUCAAGUGCCCAACGCAGGCGGCGCCGCACUGCACGGUCGUUCUUCAGGCUAACGGGGCACCUGCCACCGUUCAGCACUUCCCAUCGUCCAAGGAGCUGAGGAACUUCCUCCAGAAGGAGGUAUCGACCACGGAGAAUGGAUGCGUGUGGGUGGACAUGCAGGGGUGCACCGAGGAGCAAAACCGCAUGGUUCUCCAGCUGCUCUUUCCACAAAUGGAGCCAAGUCAGAUGGAGGAUGUGCUAAGACCGGAAGCGCAAGACGCGGUGGAAUUGCAACCAGUGAAGGGCGAGUACCUCAUUGGCGGCAUCGCGUGCGCAUGUGCUCAAAGACGGUGUGCGCUUGACACGGAGGAUGAUGACAAUACAGUUGUCUGCUCAUUUGCAUGUAACGAACAUUUUUUGUUGACGAUGCACGCAGUCCCAUUUCUCGGCCUCGCAGAAGUGCUGCACCAAGUGAAGGUAGGCGGCAGCCGCUUCGUUCAGGAGUCACUGCCUGAGGUCCGUGAGUUGGAAGCGAAUAAUAUGCUCACUGUGAGGGCUUCUGGAGUACUCUGCGCGCUGGUGUGCUUUACGUGUGAGACGUACCUCCCCAACCCUACCGGGCUGAUCAGCGAGGUGGACUGCAUCGACGAGAUGGUGAUGCUCGUUGCGCCCGGCAAGCGCGACCAGUCGGACCUCCUGCGCCGCAUCGCGGUGCUGCGCCGCCGCAUGUCAACGGAGAACGCGCGGCUGUACCUGAAGGAGAAGCUGCUGCAGGAAUUGAUGGGGCCCACCAUGCGCACAACGUUCGUCUCGCGUGACCUUGGCGCGGUGCGGGCGUAUCGAGAGGCGUUUGUGGAGCUCUCGCAGGUGCUGGAGCGCAUGGAGGUUGCGCGUGACGCGCUGAACCACGUGAACCUUAACUUUGUGAACGCCGUGUCUAUGCGCAUGUCCCAGGCCUCUGCAGGCUUCGACUACCGAAUGAUGGUUAUCAGCCAGAUCACGACC